AUGGAUUUAAAUAGUGUACCCAUACCAACAAUGAACUGGGACAGUCAGAACGCUAUGGAGGAGUUCAAAAAGUAUAGGCAGCAUGCAGAACUUAUAUUUAGUGGCGCAUUAAGAGAAAAAGAAGAAGAAAUACAAGGAAACAGUACGAUAGAACAAUUCAUCACGCGUCUAAAAACAUUAGCAAAUGAUUGCGCUUUUCAUGCAGGGUACAGAGAUGAUGUCAUACGAGAUAAAAUAGUGAUUGGAAUUACGUCGGAAAAAGUUCGUGAAAAACUAAUCAAGGAAGGCGAAGCAUUGACUCUUGAAAAAGCAGUCAAGAUAUCACAGUCACGCGAAUAUGCACAGGCACAACUACGUGAUAUGACUAAUUCCAAAAACGUCGAUGACAUUAAUCAUAAACGACAUUCCACGUCAACACACCAAAACGAGACUGGAAAGAAACACAAUCACCAUUCAAGAGUUAGACAAAACCAACAGAUAACAAAAUGUGGAAAUUGUGGACAGUCACAUCACAGCAAAGAUCGAUGUCCGGCAAGAGGAAAACUAUUUUUUCAUGGCUUUGGAAAAUUACCUGGUGCUUGUUCGAUCAAAGUAGAUCCCAAGUAUUCCCCAGUAAUUCAUCCUCCCCGACGCGUUCCUGUAGCUCUUCAAAGCAAGGUUAAAAAGGAACUUGAUGCUAUGGAAAAGGCUGGAAUCAUAGCCAAGGUCACCACACCAACAAAUUGGGUGAAUAGUAUGGUCGUAGUCAAUAAGCCACAUUCUGAUAAAGUUAGAAUUGUAAUUGACCCUAAAGACCUUAAUAAGGCAAUCCAUAGGCCACAUUAUCCUACAAAAACCUUAGAUGAUAUUUUGCCGCAGUUAAAAUCUGCAAAAUAUUUCACAAAACUUGACUGCAAAUCAGGUUACUGGUCCGUUGUUUUAGAUGAUAAAUCAUCAUAUCUAACAACAUUCAACACCCCUCAAGGUCGUUAUAGGUAUCUAAGAUGUCCCAUGGGACUGAAAUGCAGCCAAGAUCUCUUCCAGCAAAAGAUGGAUGAGUGCUUAGAAGGCUUACUUGGUUGUAGUGUCAUUGUAGAUGACAUUCUUGUUUAUGGUUCAACUCGAGAAGAGCAUGACAUAAACCUAAGAAACUUACUUGAUAGGUGCCGCCAAAAGGGCAUUAGGUUAAACGAAGACAAACUUGUUGUUUGUGUCUCGGAGGUUAAGUAUUUUGGUCACAUCCUCUCAGCUGAUGGAUUGAAACCAGACCCCGAAAAAUGUAGGGCUAUCCAAGAGAUGGAAGCGCCUAAAGACAAGUCUGAGCUUAAGACAAUACUUGGCAUGAUAACUUAUCUAUCUAGAUAUGCCCCAAACUUGUCCGAGAUCAUUCAUCCACUCUCAGAAAUAUUAAAGAAAGAUAUCAUUUUUCACUUGGAUGCUCCUCAAGUUCGAGCAUUUCAGAAAGUCAAAGACAUACUUACUGAGUGUCCAGGCCCAGUGUUAUCUUAUUUUCAUCCAAAUAAGGCACUAGCACUUCAGUCUGACAGUUCUCAGUAUGGCUGUGCUUCUACUUUAAUGCAAGAUGGAAAACCUAUAGCUUUUGCAAGCAAAUCCUUGACCAACUCAGAAAGGUCAUGGGCCAUGAUUGAGAAAGAACUUCUUGCCAUAGUAUUUGGCAUGACAAAGUUCAGACAAUAUAUCUACGGUAGGCAUAUAACUGUAGAAACAGAUCAUUUACCCUUGAUCAGUGUUGUUAAGAAAUCCCUAUACAGUGCCCCGGCAGGAUUACAAAGGCUCUUAUUAGCGUUACAUGGUUAUGAUUUUGAGUUGCAGCACAAAGCAGGCACUCAAAUACCCGUUGCUGACACAUUGUCUCGGAAAUAUUUGCCAGAUACUUAUCCAGAAAUUUCCGAAAAUAGCAAUUUGCAUGUUCACUUCAUAACAAAAAACUUGCCAUACACAGAUCAAAAACUUAGUGAAGUUAGGUCAAAAACUGAGUCAGAUCCAACACUCAUGACCUUGAAACAAAUCAUUCUUCAAGGCUGGCCUGAAAAACGCAAAGAUUGCAAUUCUCAAGUUCUAGAAUACUGGAAUUAUAGAGAUGAACUCACUGUUGUAGAUAAUAUCAUCUACAAAGGUCAAAGAUUGAUUAUUCCUAAGUGUCUAAGAUCUGAAAUGUUAAAUUUGCUACAUAAAGGUCACCCCGGUCAGGAACGUAGCUUCCGCAGGGCACACAUUUCUAUGUUUUGGCCUAACAUUAGCAAAAACAUAGUGCAGAAAGUGCAACAGUGUUCUGUAUGUGCAGAACAUCAAAGGUCAAAUUCAAAGGAACCCUUGGUUUCACAUGAAAUCCCUAAGUACCCAUGGCAGGUAAUAGGUACUGAUGUAUUUACAUUAGAUAACCAAGACUACUUAUUAGUAUGCGACUACAUGAGCAACUAUUUUGAAAUUGACAUGAUUAAAAAUACAAACAGUAGCACUAUCAUUAAGUUAAUGAGAACUUGGUUUUCAAGACAUGGUAUUCCCCAGAAAAUAGUUUCAGAUGGUGCUAGUUAUUACACAUCACAAGAAUUUAAAGAAUUCACAACUAAAUGGGACAUAAAGCAUGUAAGGUCAUCACCUCAAUAUCCCCAAAGUAAUGGCCUUAGUGAAUCAUGCGUGAAGAAAGUAAAAACAUUGCUUAAAAAUGCAAGCAAGAUGGGACAGACCCUUUGA